AUGGGGAAAAUACAUCAGAUACAUACGUCGAUUGCAUGUUCAUUUGGCGCACUGCUUGCGGGGUUGCUUUAUGUAUGGCCCUCAUAUACAUUAGGGCUAUUUAAAGACAGCCAUACAACGUUACUUAAGACGUCAAUGACAGAUGUAGAGAGCUCCUUACUAGGCAGCCUCCCAUCUCUUGGAGCUAUGAUCGGGACUGCUCUAACUGGUGUUGUGAUUGGGAAAUUUGGAAGACAAAAGGGUGGGAUGCUGAUAGCUCUGCCAUUCGUGGUAUCAUGGGCAAUGAUCGAUUUCUCUUCUACAUCAACGAUGAUCCUAAUAGGAAGGUUCAUUGGAGGAUUAGGUUGCGGUCAUGCCUUCGUCUACGCGCCUAUGUUUAUUUCGGAGAUCGCUGAGGAAUCUAUAAGAGGGACACUGGCAUCUGUUCCAAUGGCAUUGUAUUGUAUAGGCAUUCAAAUGUCCUACAUACUGGGUUGGUAUCUGACCUACCGAUACAUCGUGUGGGUGAACCUGGUGUGCAGCAUACUGGGAGUGGCACUUUUGAUAACUGUAACUGAAAGCCCCGUUUACCUUUUGCGGCAAAACAGAGAAAAGGAUGCUAGACUAGCUAUAGCUCAUUACAUAGGAGAGUCACCAGCAUCGAAAAUAGUUUUGGAAGAAUUGUCGCGGCUGAAACAACAGAUAACGCCUGCUGUUGAAUUAAUAGCAAUGAAUAUUGGGCCGCUGCCUGGAGGUCUCCAGGGUGCGUCUGGAGCUGGCGCUGGACGCGACAGCAUGCGGGCCGCCAGCCGAGCGCGGGGUGUUGCAAGACCACCUAGCAGCCCCCCGCAUCCAUCAUCCCCACCAGAAGGCUUGGUGUCGGCUGGGUCUUCUCGGACUCAGCAAGAGGCACCCGCCGCUGGUGGAGCACGUCGCAUGCGUUGGUCUAAAUCAAUGAAUGAAAACGCACUGCGGGCGUAUUUUAGAGCAAAAGGGGAAGAAACUGGAUGUUUGGCGUAUCGGGCUCGGAUGCAUCGCUUUUUUGCAGAGCUGGAGCCAUCUCUAUCCGUCACUGAGCAAAACCUGGCAGACCGAGUUAGGUACAUCCUGCGCUCCAACAUAUUUGGUGACGCCGAACUCGAGCGACUACGACGUGAGGCUAUUCCUUCAUCGAAUGGAAAUGCUACGGCUGGGAAUGCGGCGCCACUAGAUGCGCAACAAACUGCAUAUGUGGAUGCUGCCGUCAACAUUCCAUUUGUGGCUAAUUUAGACGAUGAUGGAAUAGUCUCCCACGAACUAGAGAAAAUGAGGAGCAUAUUGGAAGAGUCGAUGCUGGAAACGCGCAGCAUGCCUCUCGAAAAUCGACCGCGACUUCCCCGCAUACCCCUUAGCAAGCGAAAUCGGGCUGUCGUGCGGGCUCUUAACCCAAUGCUGGUGACCUAUUUGGAAGCCAGCCGGGACCUUUGCGAGACGGAUUCAAUUCUUUUUGGCGCCGCACUGGCAGUAUGCCGUAUUAUUGGCGCCAAACUUCCCGUGGCUGGACGUGCUACUCAAAAAAGUAGCGCCAUCCCAGCCUGGAGAAAAAGAAUUGAGGACCGUAUCGCAAAGGCAAGGGCCCUUAUCGGCAGACUGACAAGCUUCAGGUCGGGUAAUAAUAGACCGAGGAUUAUGCGCACCGUUAGGAUGGCGUUUGCUGGAACAAAUAUCAGUUUGUUCCAGCCGGAUAUCACUCAAAAACUAACGGAGCGCAUAGAUGAUCUGAAGCAAAAAAUCGCUGCUUGGGGGAAGCGGAUUCGACGAUUUAGCGAGAGGUCAAGGCGGUUCAACCAGAAUCGUCUCUUGCAGAGUGAUCAGAAGAGGCUCUAUAAAUCAUUGGAGCGAUGUGGAGCGGGCCCAAGACCGGAUCAGGCAGACACUGUCGCAUUUUGGCGUGGCCUGUGGUCAGAGCCCGUAAACCACAGCGAGGGCCCUUGGAUGGAAGUUGUGGCGAGCCAGAGUGCAAGUGUUACGCCUAUGGACCCCGUCACCAUAACGCCUGAAGACGUGGCUGAGACGGUCCGUAGGGCCCCGAUCUGGAAAAGUCCGGGGCUCGACGGGCUGCAUCAUUACUGGCUGAAGGGGAUGCAUCGUCUAUUUGCUGAACUGGAGCCAUCUUUAACCGUCACAGAGCAAAACCUGGCAGACCCAGUUCGGUAUAUUUUGCGCUCAAAUAUAUUUGAUGUCGCCGAACUCGAACGGCAACGACGUGAGGCUGUUCCCUCAUCGGAUGAAAAUGCUACGGCUGAGGAUGCGGCGCCACAAAUUGUAGAGCAACCCGCAAACGUGGAUGCCGCCGUGAAUACCCCAGUUGUGGUUGAUUCAAACGAUGAUGGAACAGUCGCCCAGGAACUGGAAUUAGAGCAUAUGAGGAGUACAUUGGAAGAGGCGAUUGUGGAAACGCGCAGUACGCCUCUCGAAAAUCGACCGCGACUUCCCUGCAUAGCCCUAAGCAAGCGGAAUCCGGCUGUCGUGAGGGCUCUGAACCCAAUGCUGGUGACCUAUUUGGAAGCCAGCCGGGACCUUUGCGAGACGGACUCAAUUCUUUUUGGCGCCGCGCUGGUAGUCUGCCGUAUCAUAGGCGCGAAGGUUUCCACGGCUGGACGCGCUACUGGCCAAAGUAGCGCUAUCCCAGCAUGGAGAAGAAGAAUUGAGGAACAUAUCGCAAAGGCUAGAGCUCUCAUCGGCAGACUGAUAUGCUUCAUAUCAGGCAAUAACAGGCCAAGAAUUGUGCGCACCAUCAGGAUGGCCGACACUGUAGCAUUCUGGCGCGGCCUGUGGUCAGAGCCCGUAAACCACAGCGAGGGCCCUUGGACGGAAGUUGUGGCGAGUCAGUCUGCGAGUAUAACGCCCAUGGACCCCGUCAUUAUAACAUCGGAUGACGUAGCUGAGGCGGUCCGUAGGGAAGCUGAGGGUCCUGGGGCCGAAGACAACUCUAAAAUAGAAGAAGCGGAGAAGGAAAAGCUCAAUACGGAUGAUGAUUCUCCAGAAAUGAAAACGAAAAUUUCAUCUCUCAAAUUACUAUUUUUAUCACCAUCGUCACGUCGAGGAUUCAUCGUGGUGGGUUUAUGCCUUGCUUUGCAGGUCAUGAUGGGCAUGGUACCUGUGCAAGUGUACGCGAAACAGAUUUUUACUCAAGCAGCCCCGAGUCUUUCGUCUCACUUAUGUUCCGUUAUGUUAGCUGUGGUCCUACUCGUUGGAAGUUUUUCAAGUCUUGUGAUGGCUGAUAAAUUUGGAAGAAAGUUCCUUUUGAUAACUUCAUCGAUAUUGGUAGCACUUUGCCUCAGCUCUAUGGGCAUAUUCCUGCAGACCGGUAUUGUGCCACCGUGGGUGACUGCAGUGCUCAUCCUCGUGUACUGUUUCUCCUUUAUGUUUGGAGCUGGUAGCAUACCUUACGUAUUGAUCGCUGAAUAUUUUAUGCCAGAGGUACAAAGUUUAGCGACUAUACUACUAAUGGAAUUGGUCUGGCUUUUCAACUUCUUUAUCAUUGGAGUCUUCCCUUUUAUGAUCAAAUACAUCGGUAUCCACGGCUCUUUUUACACGUUCACUUGCUGCGCAGUCAUUGAUAGUUUCAUCGGCUACUUCGUCGUACCUGAAACAAAAGGUCUCACCAAAGAUCAAAUACAAGAAAAAUUUUUAAGAAGGAAAAAAUAA